AUGCUUCUUUCUCUUGUUUUGCGAGUCUGGCGCGGGAAUGCAUCGGCGGCUGGUUUCUCAAGGUCAAUUAUACCUUGUUCCCACGAACGCGGGACUUCAGGGUACUUAAGGUCGGGACUCUUCUCAAUUGCCAAUUAUGGACUCCUCAAUUCCUGGCUACAUUCCGGUUUUGAACAUGCAGUAUAUAAGAAGGCUUGAAACCAAGGCUUCCAUCCAUUUUCAAACCCAAACACGAUGGAUCCUCCUUUUCAGAGCAGCAAUGGUACCACAUUAGGGGAUAUCACAUCAGCUGAAACAGAGUGUUCUCGCAGUUACACGUUUGUUGAGAAGGCCGAGCACAAUUAUAACCCUAAUCUUCAGGAAGAACGUGUAUAAUCUACUUUUCCUUUGUCAUUACGUCUGCAUAUUGUCAUUUUGCGCAUCAUGGGCUGGGCUUUUUUCUCUUCUCCGGAAAACACCUUUCAGCACUAAAUGUUAUGGGGAGGAGCUUGAAUGUUUCGCAUGGGAGAUGGACCUGACUGUCACCACCUAUAUGGCCAUGCAAGGAUUGUCACCAACGUUCUUGGGAGAUUUUGCAGAUGCUGCUGGCAAACAACCUGCAUACAUCAUUUCCUUCAUCAUAUAUGUUUCUGCCAAUAUUGUAUUAUCAUUACAGAACAAUUUUGGUGUUUUGUGCUCCGUUGCUUGCAGAGUGCUGGGAGCAGCAAGACGAUUGCCCUAGCAUCUGGGGUAGUGGCUGAUAUCGCUACUGCGACCCAAAGAGGAUCAUAUAUUGGCUAUAUAAGGGCAGGUUCGUUAAUAGGACAUUCAAUUAGGCCCAAAAUUGGCGGGGUUCCUACCCAAUAUUUGGGCUGAGAGCAAUAUUCUGGUUUCUUGUUAUCAUGGCAUCCAUUUAUAUUGUUCAA